UACACUUACGAGGUUGCGAUGCGUAGUUUCAAGUCACAUGUAGUGUUAUUAAUAUAGUAUUAUGUUUCUUUACCAGGCAGCAGUGUUAAUUCUUUUCAUGGUCGUUGUUAAUCAGGAGUGCGAAGGCACCUUUGAUAUUGACGAACCUUGUGGAUACUUAGGAAUGUGUCACAUUAACAAUUCCUACUGUAAUGAAAAGAAAAGAUGCGCGUGCAAGCCUGAUUACCCUUUGUAUAUAAUUGGAAAGACUUGUUCUAAAGCUAUUCAUAGAAGGCAGGGCUGUAUCUCUUCUAUUGAAUGCGAAAAGAGCGAUCGUAAUACGUUUUGUUCAAGAAAAAAGGGAAGUAUAUGUGAAUGUAAGCCGGGAUAUAUUUUUGACACAUUAAAUAAUUCGUGCAAAGGUGAGGACAAUGUUCAGUCGUAUGUUAUUAUGUUCAUAAUUCUUAUUAUUAUGGCCUUUGGACUGACCAUCGGGAUAAUUUUCUUGUUUUGUAGAAUUAAACGGAAAAAGAGAAACAUCCAGACCUCAGAGUUAAGCUGCUGUGGUAAGACAGUCCUUGGACGUAUGGAACAGUCUCGUUCACACGAACCAGUUGAAGAACCUCCUCCAACAUACGAAGAAGCUGUAGCAAUAGAUUUUCCAAGUGAUAUUAUGGAAAACAACUUGAGCCCUAACGAACUAAACUAUGAACAAUACUACUGCCCUUCCGCCCCAACUUAUUGUAAAUAGGUUUUCAGGAAACAAAUUCCUGCAUUAAAUAACCUUCAAGGCCUCGAAUAAUUUUUAUGAAAUGUGGUAAAACACAAGCAAAUACCAGAUAAAAAGCAACAACAAUAAAACAACAUAUAAAGAUUUUCAUCCCACAGAGCGCACAAGUCAUAUAUUUGGCUUCCCAUGGCUUAAAGCUAUUAUAAUUCCCAUUCAAGGGCACAAAGCUAUCAUAAUCUCCGUCCUACAGCACAAAGACAUCAAAACUAUCAAACUUUGCUUAUCGCAAAGGAAGUGUGAGAGAAAUGUUAGUAAAUGAUGUAAAUAAUGUUACAAAUUCAUUUUGAGAUAUAAUUUUAGCAGCAUUAUGUUCGAAGUGAGGGAAAGGCUCCAAACUGUAGAAUACCAAGAUUUUAAGCAAAGGUUACAGAAGAAAGGGACGCAGAAUUCAGACCUAAAACAUCGACUUUAUGAGAUUUUGUAAACUGAAUUGAAAGAUCUUAAAUGCAACGUUAUUCGUGACUACUAACUGUGUCUUGCUGCUGCAGAUUCUGUUAUAAAAUACGAAUAAAAAUAUAUUUGGCGCUUUGAUUUGUAGAAUGAGAAACUCACUCAGAAAUUUUACGUGCGUUAUGUGCUAGUCUUAUGCAUAAUACACUCCAUAAGGUUAAAGUUAUUAGGUUUUUUUUUUGUUUCUUAUUUCCUGCGUGUUUAUAUAAAUUCUUUAAAUAUAACUGGAAGUGGGAAGCUAAUAUAUAUGUUAAUAAUUCUGAUUUGCAGUCGCCUUAAAAGUUUGCAUAAGCACAGGACUAACCGUAAAAGUUUUCAUUUUCUAGUUGUUUAAAUCCAUCAUGUUUGCAUAAUCCACAGUACUAGCCAUAAAAUUGCUCAUUUCCUUAUUGUUUAAAUCCACCCUAGAUCGAUGUUUAAUAAAGGUUGAAACCUAUGAAAAAAUAUCCUCUCUGAACCAAAAGGUGGUCUUUAGUAACUUAUUAUUAUACGAAUUAUCUCUAUUUAACUAUUGCUUAGUAAACGAAAUUCUCCCAUUAACAUCAAACGAUACAAUUUAAGUAUCUAGUUAUAAAUAUUUCUUUUGCUACUGAUGUAUGUGCAUGAUACUAACGUUAUUCUAUAACUAUAUCUAUUUUUUAUACGUGUCUACUUUCUAACACAAUAGUAUAUACAUUUGAAUAAUACAUAUAGUUAUGUUUGUGUAUGUAUAUAUAUAAAACUGUAUCAUUUACGUCGUUGGUUGCAGUUAUUUCGAAGCUUGCUUAUCAGAGCUGUUCUUUGGAAUUACCUGAUAUAACGGUUUAACGUUUACGUAAAGCAGUAAAUGCACAAACAAAUCUAGUAGAAAAUAAAACUAUAUGUACAUGAAAAUCAAUUGUUUUCGAUUUUAUUCAGGAUAAUUGUACGUCAUGAAGUGUUUGUAUUCCUUCAUCUUGCCAUGCCUGAUUGUACUUACAGGCUGAUGAACUGAGCCAAUUUUUUUUUUCUCUUUAGUGCGUGUUUGAUUAUAGAGUUAUUUUCUGUCAUGUUAAUAAUAUAAGUGCUGUGGUUUAAGGUUAUGAGAGAGGUCGUUUUGGAAUUUAUAAAUAUGCAGUUUCUCAGGACAUAAUUACCUUAAAUGUACGUAAAGCUGGUAUGUUAUUAUUAUAGGGAAAAACCUCCGAAUUCUCCCUAUUGCAUCUUUUAGACCAGUUAGACAAAUAUUUAUAUUUUAAGGAAAUGUUGGAAUAAUUACGACAUUGCUUUACGUCCAUAUCUCAGAAUUGAGCUCAGCCUUACCAUGGAACCUUCUAAUACUUGGCCUCUGACAUAUAACUAUCUGAUCAAGGUGCGAAGAAAGGGUUGAUGACAACUGUUUCCUUCCCAUCACUAGUUGCAGUCAUUUAGUAUAGCUUAUAUGCCACGGUUGUCAAACGAGUCUUGAAGUUAUUCGAUAUCAAAGGUCAAAGUUUGCAUAAAGUAAGAAAAAUGCAUACAGCCAAUUUAGUAGAAAACAAAACUAUUUACAUAAAUUUGACACUGUUUUAGUCAAAGGUUAAUACAGUUUGAGGGGCUACUAGAGGUAAAAAUACAUAUCGUGGAGAGAUGGUUGCCCUGAGAGCAACUUCAAAGUCAGGACAUUAUAAGUCAUCAAUAUAAACAUCAAACUGAUUCAGUAAUUAUUAUUCAUACACAGCACGUGCUCAGUUCAAACGAGAUUGAAAAAUAAAAACAAAAUAUUUUCAACUACCUGAAACACAAAAAUGGUUUCUUAAGCCAAUGAUUAACUGGUGAACUAUUUAGGUUUAAUUCUAUACAUUGUUUUAGCGUCUACUUAAACAUAUGCUAGCAAGGUUUAUUAUAUGAGCUGUCUCAAACAAAGCAAAAUCAGCACAUAUUUUUGAAACACUCUUUCAAUAUUAGUCGAAGAUUCAAC